AUGAGAGCCCUGCCCUUAUGGGUCCUGAUAGCAUCUCGCCCUAACUACAUGAGAGCCCUGCCCUUGUGGGUCCUGAUAGCAUCUCGCCCUAACUACAUGAGAGCCCUGCCCUUGUGGGUCCUGAUAGCAUCUCGCCCUAACUAUAUGAGAGCCCUGCCCUUGUGGAACCUGAUAGCAUCUCGCCCUAACUAUAUGAGAGCCCUGCCCUUGUGGGUCCUGAUAGCAUCUCGCCCUAACUACAUGAGAGCCUAUAUGAGAGCCCUGCCCUUGUGGGUCCUGAUAGCAUCUCGCCCUAACUACAUGAGAGCCCUGCCCUUGUGGGUCCUGAUAGCAUCUCGCCCUAACUAUAUGAGAGCCCUGCCCUUGUGGAACCUGAUAGCAUCUCGCCCUAACUAUAUGAGAGCCCUGCCCUUGUGGGUCCUGAUAGCAUCUCGCCCUAACUACAUGAGAGCCUAUAUGAGAGCCCUGCCCUUGUGGGUCCUGAUAGCAUCUCGCCCUAACUACAUGAGAGCCCUGCCCUUGUGGGUCCCGAUAGCAUCUCGCCCUAACUAUAUAAGAGCCCUGCCCUUGUGGGUCCUGAUAGCAUCUCGCCCUAACUAUAUGAGAGCCCUGCCCUUGUGGGUCCUGAUAGCAUCUCGCCCUAACUAUAUAAGAGCCCUGCCCUUGUGGGUCCUGAUAGCAUCUCGCCCUAACUAUAUAAGAGCCCUGCCCUUGUGGGUCCUGAUAGCAUCUCGCCCUAACUAUAUGAGAGCCCUGCCCUUGUGGGUCCUGAUAGCAUCUCGCCCUAACUAUAUAGGAGCCCUGCCCUUGUGGGUCCUGAUAGCAUCUCGUCCUAACACAUGA